CGGAACUAACAGAAGCUGCCGUACAAGUUUCCAGGGGGACAUUUAUGCUGAUGCACCUCCAUGCCGUUUGUUGAUGGUGACCUUCUUCAUCCUGAAGUUAUGUAUAUAAUCUUACACUUAUGAAUACAUUUAUUAGAUAGACAACUCCAACGUUGCAAACAUAAUGACAAUGGCUUUAAAUACAGUUGGUCAUCCCUGCAAGGGCUUAUUUAGGUGUCUUCAGGCAGUUUUCACCCACAGAUGUUUGCAAGCCACAUCCUCAUUUCACAGCACAGUCAUUCAGUCAGAUUCCAACAGAACCAGCGUGGUCCGGCUUGGCAGGCAGAAAUAUGAGAGAAUGUAUCCAGUUCUGCUGGUCAGACCUGACGGGUCCACCAUCAACAUCAGAUAUCAGGAGCCCAGAAAGUUAAUGAAGAUGCCUGUGGACCUCACCACACUCUCUGAAAUGGAGAGGAAAAUCAGGAUGCGGAAAAGAGAACCGAAGAAGGCAGUGAAGAAAGAAUUGGAAGAUUUUGAUGAUGAUUUCAAAGCUGACGAUUACAGCAAAUUCUGGAAGAAGAAAUGAGUGGACUGAUGUGAUUGAUGCCUCCUUUAUAAUAUUUAUGUUGUCUUGACAAAUACACUUUUGUUUUAUGUCACCCUCCAAUUAAAAAUUCAAAUAUUUGUAGUGAGCAUUGUAUCAUUAUGAAUUGGGACUAUUUUUUGAAAUUAUAUGCUUGUGUGUGUGUGUGUGUGUGUGUGUGUGUGAGAGAAUAUCAAAUAUAGCUGAUAUAAUGUUACGUGGUCAUUCAGGUUAACAGAUAUGUUUAUGGACAAAAUUAACACUUAAUUUGAUCUUUAUUGAAUAAAAAAAAAGAAAAGAG